UUUCUGUCUGCGGUCGGCGUUCUCAUUGGCUGACUUCAAAACCCCAGCCAAGUAUGCAGCUAUUAGAUUGGCUGCGCUUCCUCUCCAGCUGUACUUCAAAGAACACGCUCGCUACAACUAGGUAGUGCUGGGAAGCCGCGAGCCAAGAGAGGGAAGCGCGUGUGUGUCGAAUCAAUCCGAUAAAUCUGAGUCAAAUUGGAGGCAUUCGGCAGUGACAUCGCGAAAACUUCCAUCGCAGCACAUACCCUGGAUAUGGCUACGUCUAUACUUGGGGAAGAGCCGCGGUUUGGAACGACACCUCUAGCGAUGCUGGCUGCAACCUGCAACAAAAUUGGCAACACCAGUCCUCUCACAACUUUACCCGACUCCAGCGCCUUCUCAAAGGGUGGAUUUCAUCCGUGGAAAAGAUCCUCCUCCAGCUGCAACUUGGGAUCCAGUCUCCCCGGUUUUACCGUGGCGACGAGCCGCGCGUCUACAGGACUAACCCCGACCAGCGGCACGGGCAACAGCGCCUUCUGCUUAGCCUCCACCUCCCCGACCUCCUCUGCGUUUUCCACAGAAUACAGCGGUCUGUUUUCCAACUCCGCCAGCGUCUCGACGCAGGAGUCCGGCCAGUCUGCGUUCAUCUCCAAAGUUCACACAUCAGCAGAGACUCUGUACCCGCGGGUGGGGAUGGCGCACCCCUAUGAGUCGUGGUACAAGUCCGGGUUCCACUCAACCAUCUCCGGCGAGGUGGCAAACGGCGCGUCAUCGUGGUGGGACGUCCACACGAACCCCGGCUCGUGGCUGGACGUGCAGAACCCGGCCGGCACCCUGCAGACCUCCCUGCACUCCGGGACGCCCCAGGCCAUCCACUCCCAGCUGAGCGGCUACAACCCGGACUUCUCGUCGCUGACGCACUCGGCGUUCAGCUCCACCGGGAUCAGCCCGUCCGCGUCUCACCUGCUGUCUACCAGCCAGCACCUGUUAACGCAGGACGGCUUCAAAACCGUCAUCCCCACAUACACAGACGCUUCUGCCGCCAAUGCCAUGAUUUCCGGGGGCAGCUCAGGAAUAAGUAGCUCUUCGAGGUCGUCCAGGCGUUACUCCGGCAGAGCAACGUGUGACUGUCCGAACUGCCAAGAGGCCGAGCGCCUGGGGCCCGCGGGGGCCAGCCUGCGCAGGAAGGGACUCCACAGCUGCCACAUCCCCGGCUGCGGCAAAGUCUACGGGAAGACCUCCCACCUCAAAGCUCACCUGAGGUGGCACACCGGCGAGCGGCCUUUCGUUUGCAACUGGCUUUUCUGCGGCAAACGCUUCACGCGCUCCGACGAACUCCAGAGACACCUGCGCACGCACACCGGCGAGAAACGCUUCGCCUGCCCGGUGUGCAACAAGCGCUUCAUGCGGAGCGACCACCUGAGCAAGCACAUCAAGACGCACACGGCGGGCGGAGGCGGCAAAAAGGGCAGCGACAGCGACACCGACACCAGUAACCUGGAGACCCCGAGGUCCGAGUCCCCUGAACUUAUUCUGGAGGGGGUGAACCCCAGGAUCAGUGUGAAGGAUCCGUCCCC